AAUUUUGGUGGAUAGCCUAGAUAAUUAAACCCCCAAAUCUCUCUCUCUCUCUCUCUCUCUAAAGUCUUCAACACCAAACCCCUGUACUGUUGUUGUUCUAGAACCACAAAACGAAGCUGUGAAACAAGAAUCGUUUCUGUUUGUUUGUCUGCUGCUGCUCCAACUCAAUCCCCUUCUCUCCCGCUACUAAACUUUACUACUCUAAAAUCUAGGGUUUUAACAUUUCACCUCUCUCGCGAAUUUCACAUAUAUCAGAGUUUCCUCCUCCACUCCUGAAAAUACUUUCAAGAAGUAAACGAGGCUUUCUUGCGUUCAGAUUCUCACCCACAUGGUUUUUCUCAGCUGAAAUCAGAAUUUGGUGAGUACAUGCUAGAAAGGGCAACAUGACAACUGGUUUUAGCGGGCAGAUAUUAGCUGAGAAGCUUUCUAAGCUCAACAAUUCACAGCAAAGCAUUGAAUCAUUAUCAAGUUGGUGUAUUUCUCAUCGGAAAAAAGCGAAGCAAGUUGUUGAAACAUGGGAUAAGCUGUUUAAAAGUCAAAAAGAAAAACGUGUUACAUUUUUAUACUUGGCAAAUGAUAUUUUGCAAAAUGGUAAACGUAAAGGAAGUGAGUAUGUGAAUGAAUUUUGGCGAGUCCUACCUGCAGCUGUUAAGGAGGUACUUGAGAAUGGUGAUGAAAAUGGAAGGAAAGCAGCCACCAGGCUUGUAGGCAUAUGGGACGAAAGGAAGGUCUUUGGUUCUCGUGGUCAGGGUCUUAAAGAUGAAAUGCUGGGUAAAGAUUCACCUCCUUUAUUAGAGAACAAUGUAAGGAGUCCGAGUUUGAAUUCCAUCAAAGUAUUGAAGAAGGAUGCUCACUCAAUAAGAAUAAAAUUAGCUGUUGGAGGUACACCUGAGAAGAUUUUUACUGCAUUUCAAUCAAUAUAUGACGAGCAUCUUGAUGAAGACACUGUUUUAAGCAAAUGCAAGGCUGCUGUUAACCGUGUCGAGAAAAUGGGGAAAGAAGUUGGUUAUGCUUGCACUCAAGGAAAUCAGCCGAAAUCAACUUUGGGGGAAGUACAGGAGCAGGAAGACUUUCUUAAGAAAUGUGUUGAGCAACUAAAAAAUGUUGAAACAACCAGAGAAUCCUUUCUAACUCAGCUCAGAGAAGUACUUAAAGAUCAGGAAUCAAAGCUGGAUCUUGUUCGCACUCACUUGCAGGUUGCUCAAGUCCAAAUUGAUCAAGUGAGCAAUGUAAAGCAGAAGCUUAGUUCAGCUCCAAUUUCCAGUGCUAGCCCACCAACCACAACAACUCUAUCCUCGGAGACAAUUGCGGUAGAAACCAAUCCAUCUCCCAUCCAAACAACCAACAGCUUGUCUCUGCCACCUCCUGUAACCCAACCUAUGACAGCAUUUACAAAUCCAAUAACUCCCGAGGAAGAAAACAGGAAAGCAGCAGCAGCCGUUGCUGCCAAAUUAGCAGCCUCAGCAUCCUCCGCUCAAAUGCUUAGUGCAGUUCUCUCAUCUCUUGCUGCAGAAGAAGCCGCUUCCAUGACUAAUGGCGUCACAUCUAGUGGGUCAACGAGUUUAUCUAUUUUCCCUCCUGAGAAAAGAGCCAAGCUUGAUAAUUCCACGCCAGUUUCUGACAUGGGCAACACCACCUUCUUCACAAAUGUGCACCAGCAAGCAAUGCCAAAUCACGUCACUGGUAACUCCCAGAUACAGCCUCCAUUUCCACCUCCACCACCUCCUCCCGUGCCACCUCAAUCCCUUCAUCCGUUCACACAAACCACUAAUUCGAUGGCAGGGACAGUGCCUUACAGGUUUGGCUCCAUUAAGGGUUUACCCCCUCCACCACCUAUGCCUACACAUGUUUUAAUGGGUUCAGCAAGGCCUCCAAGUACUCCACCACCACAGCAGCAGCAGCAACAGCAGCAGCAACAGCAGCAACAGCAGCAGCAGCCAGCAACAGCAGGGUACUACCAGCCACAUGGGAUGGUUUUUUAUGGACAAAGUCAUCAUCAGCCAACUACGCCGCCAGUUCCUCGGCAGUGAUUUCUCGUGCAAUUUCAACCGGUUAGAGGGUCUUCCUUUUCUCUCUCUUUUGGACUGUCUUAUUUGUGUAAAGUAAUAGGAUCUAAUUGUAUUUCUUACUGUCGUUCAUCACGGGGUUCAAAAAGCUCAAGGGUAGACGUAGAAGUAGAAUAGCGAGUCCCAGUGGAUUCUUGAAAUAAAAUUACAGUCUCGCUGGGGCAGCAUGGAGAAAAUUGUUAAUUACUUGGCUAACCUAAAUUUUUAGGUCAGUUCUAUGCUUGUAGAAAUACCAGCCAUUCUGAGAUAUCCCGUGUAAGGGACUUUCUGAGUUCUCGUGAGUUUUGCAGGUACUCCUGAUAUACAUGGAAUGAUUUAUUACUUUCUUUACCACUUA